AUGGCAUUUGCUUCGGGCGGAGCAGGACGCGGUGCUCGCCCAUCUUCCCACUCUGGCAGCUCCGCCACAACGUCGAAGGCCUCCACCGGCCGAGUCCGAAGCACCCCCUCGUCCUCCUCACGCCCGGUCCCCGCGUCGGCAGCUGCUCGAGUUCGACCUUCGCAAAUGCGAAGUGGCGCGCGCUCAGGCAGCUCCGGCGCAGGCUCCCAUGCCUACGCAGCAGAGCGCGCGGCAAGUCGCAGCCGAAGCCCGGAGGCGGCAGCAAUCGUAGAGGCGGUUCCUGUCCAGGAGCUGAGCGAUCGAAUCGCUGCACAGCUGACCUCGAAGAAGCUCAUCCAGGAGUCAGAUCUCGAGGACUUGAAAUUCCAUGUGAUGUCGAUUCUGCAGCCGGCUUUGAAGAAAACCAGUUACGAAGAGGUCCAACGCCUGACGGUCGAGCUUACAGAGGCUCGGACUCGAACGGCGGCCGCACGCAGCGAAAUCUCCCGACUUCGCUCCGAGGCACAGCUGCUGGAGCAAAAAUCGGCGGAAGCGGAUGAGAAGAGCAGGCGAGCGGAAACCCGCGCCACGAAAGCAGAGAACCGACUGAAGUCUUCACUCCAGGAUCCGAUGACAUUCAAGCUCGGAUCAGAGACCGUCGAGGUGCGGCCGACAACGGCGAAAGCCAAAGACACCGUCGGCCCGCUGCCGGAGGGCCGCGGGAGCGUGACUGGUGGAGCUCCUGGGGCCCACUCCCCGAGGCGCUCGAUCACUUCGGGGCAGCUGUCGAUAGGUGGAGGCGGAUCGCCCGAGCCCAGCGAAGUUGGCGAGGGCGGCGAAGACGCCGGUCAUCGUGCACAAAGGCUCUUGGAGAAGCAGCGGAAGAAAGAGGAGGCCGACGCGGCACGACGAGCUGCGGAGGAGAGGAUGAAGGAUCAGAAGAAGAAGAAGCAGGAGGAAAAGGGCAACAAGGAGCAUCUUCAGGCGAUGAAGGAGAUGGGAGAGGAACUGAAAAAGGCCAAAGCUGCCGCAAAGGAUGCCGAAACGCAAGCAUCGCAGAUGAGGAUCAAGCUCGAGCAGGCCGAAGCAGGGGCCAAGUCGGCCGAGAAGGCUCGCUCGAACGCCGAGAAGAAGCUUUCCAGUGCCGAGCAGGAGCUUCGAUCUCUGCGUAACGACCCGGUCUUUGACCAGGUGAACAUGCUUCGGGACGGCGUGCGGAACUUGGAGAAGGAGGUCGACGAACUUCAGCAACAGGUUGCAGAAAAAGAAGAGCUGUUGUCGGCAGCUUAUGAAGCGAAGGCUCUGACCGAAAAGGAGCGUGGCGAGGAGAUCUCAGCCUUGAAAGAGGACAUCUCGCGGUUGCAAAGCGGCUCCGACCGGGGGCAGGAGCUGAAGCGCCUCCAGCAGGAACUCGAUGCUGCCAGGGCAGAGACGGUCCGACUGCAGGCCACCGCGGAGCCUUCCAAAGCCGUCGAAGGCGGCAGCGGAAGCGGCGAUGCGGAGGAGCUUCGCAAGCUUCGCGAGGAGCUGGCGUCCACCCGCGCGGAGCUUGCAAGCCUCAAGGCUUCGCCAACACAAGCACCUGGAGCCGAGAAAGCAACACCGGAGGCCGCUCCAUCUCCAGAAGCAGAGAAAGUGCAAGAGGAGCUGCGCAAGCUUCGGGAGGAGCUGGCUGCCUCGCAGGCGGAGGUGUCGCGGCUGCGAUCUCUGCCGCCAGAAGGCGGCGACAAAGCGCAGGAAUGGCACGACCUGCAAGAGGAGCUCGCUGCUGCGAAGGCGGAGGCCGCCCGACUCAAGGCGGAAGGGGCCCCAAGCAUCGCGGCCUCCACGGAGGACAUGCAGAAGCUCCAGCAGGAGCUCGCUGCUUCGCAGGCGGAGGUGGCACGGCUAAGGUCUCUGCCACCGGAAGGUGGCGAGCAAUCGCAGGAAUGGCACAAGCUGCAAGAGGAGCUCGCUGCCGCGAAGGCAGAGGCCGCCCGCCUCAAGGCGGAAGGGGCCGCAAGCAGCGCGGCCUCGACGGAGGACGUGCAGAAACUCAAGCAGGAGCUCGAGGCGGCAAAGGCAGAGGCGGCCCGCUCGAAGGCGGAACCUGGAGCUGCUGGUGGGCAAGCAGAGGAGCUUGGCGCGGCAAAAGCAGAGGCGGCCCGCUCGAAGGCAGAACCUGGAUCUGCUGGUGGACCAACCGAGGAGGUGCAAAAGCUGCAGGAGGAGCUUGCGGCCGCCAAGGCCCAAGUGGAGCUUCUGAGCUCAUCGACCCCCGGAGGGGAGGAGGUGCUGAAGCUGCAGGAGGAGCUGCGGAAGCUUCGAGAGGAGCAGGCAACCAGGCAGUCGGAGCAGAGCAGCUCCCGCCAAGAGGCAGCUGAGACUCCCGAGGAUGUCCUCAAGCUCCAAGAGGAGCUGAAGGCUGCUCGAGCAGAAAUUGCUCAGCUCAAGUCACAGGCCCCGUCGCAGCCGGAAAAACUCGAGGAGCUCCGUGGAGAAAUGGCUGCCCCGCCGGCUGCCACCGAGACCGUGGCCAGCGUCGAGGUUGGGCCGGCCCCAGCCACGGAGGAAGCUGCGGCGUCAGCGGCAACGGCCCCCGUGGCUGCAGCACCGGCCACUGCCGGAGCCGCGUCAAGUUCGGAGGCAGCUGAGGAAGCCAAGGCAUCCCCCGCCUCCGGUGGAGCUUCGGUCCUCGGACCGGGAGAAGGAGCCGCCACCGCGAGCACCGAGGAACUACGGAAGCUCAAGGAGGAGCUGGCGAAGACCAAGAAGGAGUUGCUGGAGGCGCAGGCCGGGGCAGAGGCCGCCAGCAAGAAAGCAGAGGAGCUUGGCGGCCUGCAGCAGGAGUUGGAGGCUUUGCGGGCAGAGAAGGACGCAUCAGUGAAAGAACAGGACGAGCUCAAGCGGCAGCUGAACGAAUCCAACCUGGCGACCAAGCGGGCAGAGAGGGAAAAGCGAGAAGCGAUUGCUGAGGCAGAGCGCCUGGAUGCGCUGGAGGACGAGCAGCAGCGUGCAGACCUUGAAGCUGAGAAGGAGCAGGCCCGGAAAGAGCAAGAGGAGAAGGCGCAAAAGCAGGCUGAAGAGCAUGAAGCCGAGCGGAAAAAGCUCCAAGAAGAGGAGCGAAAGAAGCGCGUGGAAGCCAAGCAGCACUUCGAGGCAGAGAAAGCUCGCAUACGCGAGGAGGAGACCGAGAAAAAUCAGAAGAAGGCCCGCGACAUUGCGGACCAGAUGGAGCAGGAGUACACCAACAGCUUGCUCAGCGGAGUAUGGGAGGCCUGGGAGCAUGCCUUUCGACAGGGCUCCGCCGAGCGCAAGAAGGCCGAAGCGAAGGCGGAGAUUGAACGACUUCGCAAAGAGGAGCUCUUGAAGGGAGAAGUCUCCAAAGCGCAAAUCGCUGACCAGAUGUAUGCUCAAUACUGCCGCGAGCUACUGGAUGGCGUCUUCGAGCUCUGGCGCGAUGCGUUCAAGGAGGAGAAGGGCAAAAAGGCCGCCGACGCGGCGAGACUGAAGAUGGAGCAGGAGAUGCAUCGCUUCAAACAGGCGGAGCAUGACAAAGCCUUCAAUACCGCCAAACAGAUCGCCGAGCAGAUGUACAAAAAGUACUGCAACGGCCUCUUCGAUGAGAUUGUGGCUGUCUGGAAGGAGGAGACCAUGAAGACAAAGAAGGAGAAAGAAGAGAGGACCAAGAAGGCCCAAGAAGAGGGCCGAAUCAAGGCCCAGCAGGAGAAGGACCUCCGAGAAGCGGAGGUGCUGGCGGAGAGGAUGCGGAAGACGCUGCAGAAUGACGACGUGAAGUUCUGCUUCGAUUUCUGGGUUUCCGACUACCGCGCAGAGGGCCAACGGAGGCGCGACGAGGAGGCCAAGAAGAAGCACGAGGCCGAGCUGGCAGCUUUGAAGCGCAUGGAGCAGGAAACUGGGGAGCGAGCUGCCUUGCAGAUUGCACAGAAGAUGUACAAGAAGAUCGUGGAUGACAACAUGAAGUGGUGCGUGGACAACUGGCAUCGCAUCAUCAAAAAGGAGAAGGCGCAGAAGAAAGAAGAGCAGGCCAAGCGCCAACACCAGGAUGAGCUGGACCGGAUACGUCGGGAAGAGCUGGAGAAGAAGGACAAGGCGGCGCAGAAGUUGGCAGAGCAGAUGUUCAAGAAGUACUGGGAUGAUAACAUCGGCGUGGUGGUGGAACUGUGGCGUCGACUAGCGGUCCUGACUAAAGAGACAAAAGCCCGGCGGCAGCACGAAGAGGAGCUUGCACGGCUGAAGCGCAGCCACAAGGAAGUGGGGACCAAGGCAGCAUUGGAGAUCGCUGGGCGCAUGUCGAAGGCUCAUUGCGACAGCCUCCUGAAGAUGAGCAUCUCAUCUUGGCGGGUCUGGACGCACCAAACGCAAAGCAGUCGGAAGGAGGAGGAGGCCAAGAAGAAGUACGAGCAGGACAUGGCCCGAAUCCGCCGUCUGGAGGUGGAGAAGGCUGACAAGGCAGCCGAGGUAGCGGGCCUCAACAUGUUCCGCAAGGUCAUGAAUGACAACCUUGGCCUCAUCGUUUCGGAGUGGAAAGACUUCACCAAAAACGAGCUCCUCCACAGGAAGCUGGAGAAGGACAUGAGGGACACGAAGAACCACAUUGACAGCUUGAAGAAGGAGGCACGUGCAAAAGGCGAGCGAGUGCGCCAUCUGGUCGCCCAGAACCUCCUCGCCAAAGACAAGAAGGAAGUGUUGAGCGACGCCUUCGCGAAGUGGGUCAUCAACUGGAGGCAACACCUCUUGGAGCAGCAGCAGCACGCGGAGAGAAUCCAGCAUCGCGACCAGGUAGAGAAGAUGAAGCGAUCUGAAGCCGAGAGGAUGCAGAAGAUGAAAGGCUUGAUGGCUUCGCAGUUCAACUCAACAGGAAAUCGCUCCCUUCUCCAUCUCUGCGUGAACAACUGGCGCUUGGUUUGGGAGGCAGCCAUUGCGGAGCGGCAGCAGAACCAGGCGGUGGAGCAGCUGACGGGAAAGCUGAGGCAGAUGGACAAGCAGAAGAAUGAGAUGAUCAAUCGCACAAAGGACAAGAUCUUCUUGGCCUUCGCAGGCCGUCAGCGUGCAGAGUUGCUGUCUGUGGUCUUCACAGCGUGGAAGGCCGAUGCGAAGGAAGAGCAUCUUCUUCGUCGAAAGGAGGAGCUCGCGAGCAGCUAUGAGAAGGACCUCCGAGUUAUGCACAAGAAGCAGAAGGACAUCGAGGCGCUGGCCAGAGAGAAGAUGGUGAAGGGGACCCUCAGCCAAAUCACUGGGGCCACUCUGUCCGUUUGCCUCCUCCAGUGGCGAAGCUACACGAAGGACAGCAAGCGGGAACGGAGCGAAGCUGAAAUGAGGGAUCAGCUGCAAGAGGAGAUCCGGCGUCAGAAGCGAGAAGCAGAGAAGCUGAACGAUGCGAAAUCCCGGCAGAUCGCCCUGAACAUGGUCAGCUUCGAGCGCAACAGCACCUUAUCCGUCUGCGUCGUUGCGUGGCGCCAGGCCACGCAGGCUUCGAAGCGCGAAGCCGAUGAGGCUCUGGGUCGCCAGAAGGCGCAGCAGGAGUACACGCAACUGAAGUUAGAGAAAGACAAGGCCAUGAAUGUGACACGAGAUCGCAUGGCCGUCCGGCUUUUGGGUCACCAGCAGUCUCAUCUCCUCUCCGCGGUCUUCACACUUUGGAGAGGUGCGUCCAAGGAGGAAAAGAUGUCCCGGCAGCAAGCCGACAAAGAUCGAGCCAACAAGAUCGAGCUGGCGAGGUUAGAUGGCCUACGAAGGGAAGCGGCAAAGAUGAAAGCGCACAGCAUCGCAGCAAGGUUCUUCCAGAAGCACCACGAGUCUCUGCUGGCUGAGAUGUUCAUUCAGUUCCGCAAGUCUGUCGAGAUCCAGAUCGAAGAGCGAAAAGUCGAGGAGGCGAAGAGGCAGCACGAGGAAGACCGGCGGAAGAUGGAGCAGCGGCACAAUGACCGGCGGGCGAAGUUCAUUGCACAGUCGGUGCAAGGGAAGGAGCGGAUGAUGCUGCUGUCUAUUGUGAAGCGCUGUCUCGUGGCGUGGUCCCAGCAGGUGGUGGAGAGUCAGAUGGAGCUCAUGCGCAGCGAAGCACAAGAGAAGCACUCCACAGAGAUGAACGAAGUGAAGUCGCAGCUGCGUGAUCACUCCAAGAAGAACGGUGUCUACGCCGCACUCAGUCACGAGCUUGCAAACCACCAAUUCUUGCUGCAGCGCAUGCUUGGCGUGUGGCGAGAAUUUCGCGCAGAGCAGGCCGUCCACCGCGCCUACCAGGCGAAGAUUGCAGAGCUGAAUGUUCAGUUCGAGGACGAUCUUGCCGAGUUGAUGCAUGCUCAAGGGAUGAAGAUGUACAACCUGCGUCUGGCCUUAGCAGAUCUCAAAGCCAGCAGUGAGAGGAAGUUGCUGUUUCAGUACUGCAUGCAGAAGUGGGACGAGUGCAAGUACCAACGCAGUCUGGAAAACGAGUUGGCGCAGAUCAACGAGCGCCACGAAGAUGAGCUUGCCGAGCUGGUGCAUGCCCAGGGCUUGGCCAAGCACAGGAUGAUCCAGACGAGCCAAGAUCGGUUUCUGAAGGGUGUGAUGCGACAAGAGCUCCAGCGCCACUUCCUUGCAUGGUCCCACGUGAAGCGAUUGAACAUCUCCACCGCUGCAGAGCUACUGACGGUGGCGAAGGCGAAGCAGCAGCUGGGCAAGGAGAUGGAAGUGAAAGACCUGAAGGCCCUUCGCCUGAAAGACCACGUGGUGCACCACGUCUCGAGGACCAUCACCUUCGUUCGACUCAAGGACAUCUGGCUCGCUUGGCUGCAUCAGGUGCUACUACACCGCCUCGAGAAGACGCAAGAUCGCAAAGACCGGUCGCACCGAAAGGAGAUUCAGCGGAUUCGCCGGGAGGCUGCAGACGAGCACACCGCCCUGGGCGAGCGCAUGCACUCCGAGCUGGAGCAAGUUGGUCGUGAAUCCCAUCUGCGGGACAUGUUGGUGCAGUGGCAGGCAGUCGUGAAGAACAUGCGCAGCCAUCGGAACUACCACGGGGAGAUGGAUCAAAUUCGGCAAGAGGCCGCUCAGGAAGUGAAGCAAAAGGAGAAGAAAACGGUGGAGCAGCUCUCAAGCUUUGCCAUCCACUCUGCGGAGCUGCUCAUCCGGCGGCGCAUGAAGGAGCCUUUGGUGAUGGUCUUUGUGAACUGGAGGAUGGUGCAGGAGAGAGAAAAGUAUCAGCAACACGCCGCAAGAAUGCAGCAGGAGGCCCAAGACCAGCGAGAUCACCACCAGAACGUGCUGCAAAGCAAGGAGACGAAAAAGGAGGUGGCCUGCUGGCAGCUGGCGACGUUUUCUUACUUGGUUCGCGAGAGAGUCAUCAUCAGGCUGGCGAUCUUCCACUAUUGGCGGGAGGCCUCCAUGUGGAGCAAGAAGGCCCACUUGCACCACCUCAGGCGCCAAGGCCAGGAGAUCGCCAGCCACAGCAAAGAGGUGAGCCUUCUUGUGACGCAGAUGCUGGCUCACCAGCGGGACCUCUCGCUCCUGACAAAGGUGAUGGUCCAGUGGAAGCAGGUCGUCGAACGAGAGGCAAACCAACGGUCGCUCGAGCAGAAGGACGAAGAGAACGUCGAAAGGGUAAAGACCUCCGUCCACAACGAGCGUGUCGCCGGCUCAAAGCGUGCGCAGGUCCUGGUGAAGUGGCUGCUGCACCUCGAGCUCCAGAACCAAGCUAAGUGGCUGGCUGCUUGGUCUGGCGAGGUGAAGUACGCCAAGAUUGUGCGCAAGAUGGAGGGCGACAAGGAGGCCCACGAUCUGGCCAUGGUCGAAGUCGAGAACAAGAUGGAAAAGCACCAGGACGCCUUGGUUCCUUAUUGGCUUCGUCUCAAGCGUCAGAUGGUGUUGAUGCGCUACUUCCCCGCGUUCAUCUUCAUCCCCUACAUGAACCAUUCCGAAGCGCAUCUCCAAAAGACGAUCGAGAAGCUGGACAAGAAGCGCGAGCGCCAAAUCGCUGAUCUCUACAAGCUCCGUCGGAAGUCAGUGGCCGACGCCGGAGUGGUCCUCCACUUCUUCCGAGGGCAGAGAGAGAACCAGCUCAUCCUUUCCCUGGUGCUGGUCAUCUGGUCGGAGGUGAUUUCCGAUCAAAUGGCCAUGCGGCGCUGGAAUGAGCAGCGGGAAGUGAAGCUUGAGUUGGAGCGUUCCCUCCAAGAGCUCAAGGACAAGACCUGGCAUCUCAGGAUCGACACGAAGAAGGGCAAGGACCUUACCGACACCUGUCGCCACAUGGGAGAGUGGACCGGCCAGCUGCUGAUGGAGCUCAGCACGACCCGCGCUUGGGGCAGCUGGCGCAUUUGGCACUUGCAAGAGGUGCACUCGAGAGUCCAAGCGAAAGCGAACAACCACACCGAGGCCCGUGUCAUGGCAGAGAGAAUGAAAGUGCAGCAGCGGCAGAAGAAGGACGAGGUGGUGAUGUCGAACAUCAUGGUUGCUGCAGGGGAGGUCUCCUCAGUCAAGUUGUCCUUCCGCGCUUGGGAGAUCCUGACACGAAAGGAGAAGGAACACCGUCACAAGACAAACAUGCGUCAGGAUCAUAAGAAGGAGCUGUACGAGCUGAGGCAAGAGACGGUCGCCAAGCUCAGGGCGUCCAACAGCCGAGAAAAUGGCAUGAAGGACAUGCAGCAAGUCCUGCGAUGCUUCGUGUGCUGGUGCACGGACGUCAAGGCCGGGAAGAUGGCGACCGAUCUGCUGGUCGCCGAGGAGAAGAAGCGCCAGGAAGUGGAGGCGCAGAUGCAGCAGGUGCAGCAGGACCUCACCGUGGAGAUGUCUGCCAGGAAAACGGCCGAGUCUGAGGCCAGGACAGCUACGGAGCUCCUCCACAACAACGGCAUUCAGUUCCCAACGGAGCCGGAAGCAGCUGCCGCGCGUCCAGAGCGCUUUAUGCUUCCCGUGGAACGCGUUGCGCAGGCUUUGCAGAAAGUUUAUCGCAGGCGCCUCACAACCGCUCUCGUCGCCAUGCUCACGUCGUCGCCACGGAAGAUGGCGUGGUACCAGCGCGAACCUGGUGAUCGACAAGCCCUGGCAGACAAUUCGAAGUCUAAGAGGAAAGCCCAAUCAACGGCGAAGCCGGCGGCUUCGAAGGCCGCUGCACCAGCGAUGCUGGCACUGCCGGCACCCGCAGCGACCCCGGGGGCGCCCGGCGGAGUGGCGUCAACGUUGGACUUUCUGGCGCGCACGCGCCAGCUGGUCGCCAGCAGUUUCGAUGCAGACGCCAUGGCACCAGGCGGCCGAGAUAUCGACGACGGCUUCGGCCGGCAAGGCAAUGGCUACCCUGUGCCCUCGUUGCCUCGUUUCGGUGCGCAAGAUGCGCAGGUGUCGCCGCCUGAGUCCCCAGGAGCCUUCGAAAGGCCGCGCCUGGUGGCGAAGCCGCGACCCGACUCGGCCGGCCCAAAUUUGGUGAUCACAGGCGUGAAGAGUCCUCCCCCGCCGCCGCCAUCCACGGCUGCGGGACCGACGUUGCCCACGCGACAGGCCAUCGAGCAGCAGAUCACCCUCCAGGACACCCUGACCCACAUGCAGGACACCAUGCGCCGCAUGGAUGACGUGGAGCCCAAAGUCUCGCAGUAA